AUGGGCUUUGCUCACUUGGCCGCGCUGGCCUCGGCGAUGGCUGCCGCAACCCUUCUCGCCUCGUUCCUUCCGCUCUACAUCUCGCUGUCGCCCAAGGCAGUCACGCGGACGUCCACGUAUGCAACGGGCUUGCUUUGCGGUGCAGCGCUGUCCAUCGUGAUUCCAGAAGGCGUCACAGCGGUCUUUGAGCACUCGGGAGGAGGCGACGAUGGGUCGUCAACCGGAGUCGAGGAUGCGCACGAGUCCAACUCGGGAUGGAUUGGCGCGGCGUUGCUGGCGGGAUUCCUGUUGAUGUACCUCGUCGACUCGCUGCACGGCCACGACGAAUACCCUGAUCCGAAUCCUCGCUCGCCACACCACCACCGUCAUCAUCACCAUCACCACCACCGACACAGUCGCCCUCGCUUCCACCCUACCCCGUCGCGAGAAGCUGAACUCGAACCUCUUGCGAACGGCGGAGGAAGCUCGUUCUCUCGGGACUCGAGCCCCGAGCGUAUCGGAGGCAAGCCGCAAGAUGACCACGAAUUGCGUUGGGAAGAGUCGGGAGGCGACUCCUCAGCAUCGUCGAGGUGCCGGUCGCCUCGUCCCUCAGGGGACGACUCGAACCUGAUCAAGGCGGACGCGUCGUCUAUCUCGACGGUGAUUGGGUUGCUGGCGCACUCCAUCGCCGACGGCGUCUCCCUCGGCGCCUCGUCCCUUCCGACCUCCGCCUCGUCCGUCGGCGACUCGCCCUCGUCUUCCUCGUCUCUCCAGCUCAUCGUCUUUGUCGCCAUCAUGUUGCACAAAGCGCCUACCGCCUUUGCCCUCUCGUCCAUCCUCUCCUCCUCACCAGCCACCUCCCGCGCCUUCGUCCGCCGCGCCCUGAUCCUCUUCUCUCUCGCCGCCCCCCUCGGCGCUCUCGCAACCUACACCCUCCUCUCGCUCCUCUCGAAUCACGCGGCAGGCUCGACAAGCACUGGCUGGUGGACAGGUUUGGCGCUUGUCUUCAGCGGCGGGACGUUCCUCUUUGUUGCGACGCAUGUCGUGCGGGAGCAGGAGAAGAAGCAUGAGCGGGCGGAGGGCGAGCCGGGCGGGAUGAGUGACGAAGAGCGCAUCGGGGAUAAGGCGAGAGUUGUGUUGGUCGUCGCGGGGAUGGUCACGCCUGCGAUACUUGGCAGGAUUGUCGGGCAUGGGCACUAG